UCCCACUUCAUGCCUGAACGCUUCCACCAGUAGUGUGUUUGCCGAAUUUUCUUCCUGAGCAUAAGCUACCCUCACACUCCACCUCGAUACUACCUUCCCUCUCCAUUCCGGAGCGCUCGUUCCGUUAAGGUGUUCGAAAAAUUUCGCCUUGCGCUCGGCUCACACUCUCGCACUCUCACAUAGUCCACCACUCUACGCUACUCCUGAAUGCUCUCUCGUUCUAUGUGUUGGAAAUUCACACUUGUGGUAUAAAGUUUACCAGACAGAUCACAGUGUUUUUGGUGAAAUAAACUUUACCGUGUGGCUAUUGAACGAGUUUAAGUCUAUUCGCAUGCGCAAAAGUGUUUGAUCGUACUAGUGCAGUGAACCAAGUGAUGAAAGAGGCGUUCAGUAUAGUUCCGUGGAUCAGGAAGCCGAUACGGAUUUCGACGUGCACGAGGACAGCGAUUGUCAGGACAUGAAGAGUGACACCACCUAUAGUUUCUUCGAUAACAUAACGCUGGCAGAAGGGCUUCGUUAUAUUGCCGUCACGAAAAAUUUAUCGCGGUCAACCGUCAACAUGAUACUGGCCCUACUUCGAAGAAAACUAAAUGUGUUGCUGCCAACGGAUUCGCGCACCUUGCUGAAAACGCCUUCCCAAAUUUCCGUCGACGGAUUACCGCUUCAUAAUAGUUCGGCAAGGCAACUAUGGCCGAUUCUUAUGAAGGUUGAGGAACUGCCAGAAGCCCCGGUAAUGUUAGUUGGGACAUAUUGCGGAUACACCAAGCCGGACAACAUCGAGCAGUAUUUGCGGCCACUCGUGACGGAAAUAAAUGAACUGCAUGAGAGAGGUUUGAUGUUCGGCGAUAAAAUGGUGCAUACUAAACUAUGCAUGUUUAUCGCGGAUUCACCUGCUCGCUGUUUUGUCAACGCUACCAUUAUCUUCGUUGGAAAACAUAGCUGCCUGAAAUGUUCCUGCGUUGGAGUGCACGAAGCGAACAAGGUAAUUUUUGUUUAUGUGGAUGCUGAGUUGCGUACAGAUGAAGGGUUCAGGAACAGGGAAGAUAGAGAGCAUCAUAAAAGUUGGCGAUCACCGUUAGAAGAUAUUAGCUGCUUUGAUUUGUUUCAAUUGUAGCAGAACGUUUACAUUUAUUAGAUAUCGGGGUAACAAAAAAGAUAGCAAGAGGUUUAGUAGAGCACAAUUUUUUAGAUUUUGGAAGAUGGACAGCCCAACAACACGAAAACGUGUCUGAUUUUCUAAUGUCAACACAGCUUCCGGUAGAAAUCAAUAGAAGAUUACGGCACGUUAAGUUUAUUAAGUAUUGGAAGGCAACAGAAUUCCGCACGUUUCUCCAUUACGUUAGCAUAAUUGUGUUUAAAGAUUUUGUGUGGGAAAAAGCUUUUAAUCAUUUCCUGCUCUAUUUCUCUGCAAUAACCAUUUUACAAUUUUUUUUGUUGCAAUAACCAGAACAAAACACCACCAUCUUUGGACGCUUGCUAAAAAGAUGUUGUAUAAAUUUGUAAAUGAUUUUGCCAAUUUUUAUGGUCGUAGACACAUUUAUGAUGACGUUGAUAGGUUUGGUCCCUUAGAUAAAAUAUCAGCUUAUGUUUUUGAAAACCAUUUGCAAUUUAUUAAACGUUGCAUUAGAUCAUGCAAUAGAUGUUUCAAGCAGGUUAUAACGAGGGGUAGAGAGUUUGAAAAUAUUAAGAAGGCUUAUCAUAUAAUAACACCAACUUAUCCUAAGUUGUUGGCCAACGGCUCCGGCUUGCAAGUUCCCCCCAGACAAAAAGUGAUCUAAAACGACUGAGAGCCCCUAAUUUUGUGUCAUAUCCCCUGAAAUUAGGACCGGGUUGUGAGAAUGUGUGAGUGAGCACGUGCAGCCAUAUUGUAUGCAUGUGGUAGUGAGAUACGGCGGCAUGAAUGUAUGCAUGUAUUUGUGAUAUCGGUUUGGUUUUGGACGGCUCCGAAAUAGACAAUGGUCUAGUUCACAUUGAAACAUUUAUUGAAUAGGCAAGGUUUAUUUUCAAAUCGACUUACUCCGGCACGUUAGCGUUUAAAAGUUGUCUGUAAAGUUGGUGAUUAAUUUUCCUUUUACAAGGUAAAACCGUAUUAAAAUGAAAUCGCUUUAUAAUUAAAUACUAAUUUAAUCCCUACAAACGAAUUAUAGAUGGAUUCCAAGAAGCAGGAUACAAAUAAUAACAACUUGCCGCUACCGCCACAGGAAGACAAGAAGUACCUGUUUCU